UCAUUAGUUGUUUCAAGCUCAUCAUGGUCAAGAAUUUAAUUUUACUGUUUGUAAUUGGGAUUGUCGUUACUACAGAACUAGGUCUUUGUACUAACAACCAAUCGGGUAAUGGAUUUCGACACGUAAAGACAAAUAAACUCAAAGGUGGAGGAACUGUGGACAUCUUUCUACCAGAGGAUUCCGAUGAAGACACAGGAUUGCAUCACGUAGGAACACAUAAAUUACCUGGUGGAGGAACGGUUUAUAUUUAUGAUUCUACUGGAGGAAAUAAUGUUCCAAAAGCUAAGGUAAAGUCACCUGACACACCGAACACUCUUCUUGGAGACUUCCCACGAUGUACAAAAUAGUUUAUGUUUGAGUUAUUUUUCGUACAUCGAAUAAAUUGAAAACGGUUAAUUAUUUUAAACUAAACGAAAUCAAAAUUACAUAAAAACAUGCUUCGCCGCGAAUCACUCACGUGCGCUGUCUGAUAACAAACCCCGUGAGAAAUCUUUGCCCCGAAAAACCCUUGUGAUGACAUAAAUAAUAUUCACCAUCCCUGAAAGAGUAUUAUCGCGUCCCCGUGAUUAGAUCAUUUUAGCACCAUUUAUCGUUAAACUGGGGCUGCCGUCGUCCGUCAUAUCUCUUCUUUCGGACCAGCCAGGCAACUUCAUACCUGCUGGAAGCCCAACUCAAAGAACGUCGUCUACCUACCUACGUCUAUCUCACACAAAGUUUGCUUAUCUUGUAAAGAGAGCGCGAAAUGCACACAUGAUAUGGACGAUUUUUUUUCUUUUAUUUUUACGUAAAACCCGCGUCAGCUGAAGGCAUCAUAUGACUUUUUAGAUUUUUUGUACGGGGGAAACGAUCGGGAAUUCUAUAAACAAGAUUGAAGUGGAAUUCAUUGUGGUACAGUCUGAGGAAAUUUACGAAGCAUCAAGCCAUCAACAUACAUAAUCAUGAAAUUCUCAGUGUUAAGAAUAGUUUCCAGUUUUCUGUGAACUGAAUACCAAAAAUACUUCUUAUUGAGUUUAAAAUUGAAUCAGCUUAUGCUUCGAAAAUAAUUUACAUUAAUUGCUAGAAAUGUU